CUCGACGGCGUCUUUUGUUAUUUGCAGCAUGGCUUGUUCAUGACGAGGGAAGACUACCCUUUAUAAAUUGUGCUAAUCCCAAUGAUUUGACUGUCUAAAUAUAGUGUACGCUAUUCUGAUUGGCUGUCACAGAGUGGCAAAUUAAAACCGAUUUGAACAUAUGCAAAUGUGACAAAUGUCUUGGAGCGUUAGCAACAGACUUUUUCCUGUCGUUAGUACUCUGCAUGCAAGUGGUUCAGGAAAUGAUCAACACUGAGUUAAUUACCGAUGGAUUUGGCAGGAAUGGGAGGUGGGCGAUGUUACACAACAAAGUAGCAAGUACUUCUUUGUGCCACUGGAGGGCAGUAUGUACAUUGAAACUGUUGCUUUGUUUUCGUGUACCCUUUGCAAAAGCCAAGAACCUAAAGCUAUAACAAAAUAAUUGGAAAGCAACCAUAACUUACCUAGUUUAAGUAGGGUCUUCACAUUCGGACUGCAUUGUAAAUCCUUUUUCAAUUAAAUGUCGCGCUUCCCGCAGUCCAAACUAGUGACUGGCCGUAAUCCAACUGUGUGAUAGCUCACCGGCCAAGCAGAUCCUGCUUGAACCGUACAAGAGCAUCUUGCCAUUACAUAAUCGGCUAGAACAUUGCCCGUGUGCCUUGCCAACUCUUAACACCGUCGCGCUACAAAUAGCACAUUCAUAAAUACACUCUUUAGGCAGUAAGCUUUUUAUUACACAUCGAUUGCGGAAUCUGUCGUUGAGCUUUUAAAAUCAUGCAGUUUCACAAAACACCAAGUCCUGUUACUAUACGCAAUAAGGAGAAAGCUCUAUAUUUUGGGAGGAAUGUUGCACUGUUAAGAGUAAAUAUUCAGUGAAUUAACGUAAUUGUGACGUCAGAGCUGGUCGCUGCGCAUUGGCAAUCAAGUUCACGUUGUGUAGUAACCGGAAACUGGUAGAUUUAUUUUUAAAAAUAAAACGCCUAAUGGUUGACGUUUGAUAUACCAAACUACAAAUAGAAAAAAAGGGGUUAAGAAAUGAUGUGUGGUUACAUUAGUUUGUAGUUCGUAUUCCAAUGUUCAUAAUGUGCCUCCCAUUCAAUUUGUAAUAAAAAAGUAAUACUAGGAUAAGCUUUUAUUUUGAUAACUCCACCGAGCUCGCUUCCUGUGUUAGCGCUAACCACAUCCGUCGCUUGACGGAAUCGAAGGAGAGGACUGAAGCGAGCUUGAGAGAGAGAGAGGCGUUCAAAUUUUAUUCGGAGUCUCUUUGGGUUUAAAACGCCGUAUGAUUCAACCCAAAUCAGUUCUGAGCGUCACCGAAAAGUUAGCGGGUCGAAGCGUCGCUGAAAGCCGCAGUUCCAGCGGCCGGAUCUCCGUGCGGCCUUGCAGUCUGGUUAAAGGGAGCCCGAAGCGGACGAGUAGUCUGACUGGGCUGGCUUGCUUCCUUCUGCUCAUCGUGAGCACGACAAGAUGGGACUAAAGUGAAAACGCCACUGCAGCAAGCAGCUACUGGCCUCCUUCUUCUUAUCUUACCGGUGCCACACCUCAACUGACAGUCAAGGCUCACGUAAGACAAAAUGGACGUCUGACGGAGGGACCAGAGGGUGACACGAGACUUCUCCUCCCCCCCUGCUUCCCGCCAACACCCCAUCAUGGCGGGCCUCAAACGUCACCAUGAUGGGAAGAUCGCCGGGCUGUACGACCUGGACAAGACGCUGGGCCGCGGGCAUUUCGCCGUGGUCAAACUUGCUCGGCAUGUCUUCACUGGGGAAAAGGUGGCGGUGAAAGUGAUCGAUAAGACCAAGCUGGACCAGAUGGCGCGUGGCCACCUUUUCCAGGAGGUGCGCUGCAUGAAACUGGUGCAGCACCCAAACGUGGUGCGCCUGUACGAGGUCAUCGACACGGCCACCAAGCUCUACCUCAUCCUGGAACUGGGGGACGGCGGCGACAUGUUCGACUGCAUCAUGAAACACGAGGGAGGUCUCAGCGAGGAAGUGUCCAAGUGUUACUUCGCCCAGAUCGUGCACGCCAUCUCCUACUGCCACCGGCUGCACGUGGUGCACCGUGACCUGAAACCCGAGAACGUGGUGUUCUUCGAAAAGCAGGGCGUCGUCAAGCUCACCGACUUCGGCUUCAGCAACAGGUUUCAGCCGGGGAAGAAGCUCAACACCUCUUGCGGCUCGCUGGCCUACUCCGCCCCCGAAAUCCUGCUCGGGGACGAGUACGACGCGCCCGCCGUCGAUAUCUGGAGUCUCGGCGUGAUUCUUUUCAUGCUGGUCUGCGGUCAGCCGCCCUUCCAGGAGGCCAAUGACAGCGAGACGCUCACCAUGAUCAUGGAUUGCAAAUACACGGUGCCCCCGCAUAUCUCCGAAGCAUGCCGAGAUCUCAUCGGCCACAUGCUGCAGCGAGACCCUAAGAAGCGAGCGACUCUAGAGGAGAUCGAGAACCACCCGUGGCUCCAAGGCGUGGACCCGUCGCCGGCCACCAAGCUGUCCACUCCGCUGGUGUCCCACCGUAGUUUGCUGGAAGAAGAACACGGCUCCAUCAUCCAGCGUAUGGUUCUGGGGAGCAUUGCCGACCGAGACGCCAUAACAGAGGCUCUGGAGUCGAAUCAGUACAACCACAUCACGGCGACUUACUACCUGCUGGCUGAAAGGAUGCUGAGGGAACGGCAAGAAAAGGAGCAGCAUAGCCAGACGCGAUCGCCCAGCCCCAGCAAGGCUCAGUUCAGGCAGUCUUGGCCCACCCGAGUGGAUGUCCACCAGGAUGUCAGCGAUGGUUUGGGGGGUCCGGCGAUGUCACACCCCGGGGGGCCCCAGUCUCCCGCCCGCAGCGCAGAAAGCCUCCAUAAAGGCCCCCGGCCCAAAACUGCACUGCCGGACCUCAGUCAGAGGCAGGACAACCGGCAGUUAGUUGGUGGGAACCAGGACAAAGGGCUCCGGCCUCUCUCUAAGCCCCAGUCCAACCCGCUCAGACUGAGCUCCAUAAGCUCAGGGGGGUCUUGUAAAAGUCGCAGUCUCAGCCUUUUUAGCGUGGAGGAGGAUGAGGAGGAAGAGGGGGAGGACAGUUGUUCCCCUUCUGCUGCUCCCGCUCAAGUGGUGCUCCGCUCCAAAGCCUCGUCGUCCCUCGCCUCGUCCCGUAAUCGCUUGACGUCCCGCUUGAGCGCGCCGGUUCUCAACCAGAUCCACGAAGAUGAGAAAGGGGAGGACGAAGCGGACGAGGAAGAAGAGGGGGAAUUAAAAGGGCUUGGCCUGACCAAGCCCAGCCUCAGCCUCAAUCUGAACUCUAGAACAGCCUCGCCCGUCACCACCCAGACGCCCUCCUCGGUGACGAGCGACGACAAUACGGAGAGUCGGCAGCUGCCGGACGCGGCAAUCGGCACUGAGGACGGUGAGAAAAAGGAGUCGGCCCAGGACUGCCCCUCUCACUGUACCAGCCCCGGAUCCGUUUUGGGCCAAGGCAAGAACUCAGCUAAAGCUUCCAGCGGCCUGGUGGAAAGCCUCAAGUUGAUGAGCUUAUGCUUCAGCUCACAGUUUCACAACCUGAAGGGUGGUGCAGGCGGGGGGACGCCGGGCAACGGCCCGGCAGGCAUCGGCGGGGACCCUCAGGAGCGCCCUGUGUGGCGUAUGUGUGUGGGCGGCUCCACCGGGAGCCUGGACAAGGUGUCGCUUCUGGGGGGGCCGUCGCCCCGGGGGAACCUGUACCAGCAACCGCCCCCUUUGGGGGACGUGCUGGCAGACCCCUUGCUGGAGGGGUCUUGCUCGGGGACCUUAAUGCUGGGGGAGCUGGACCUGGCCCGCGAGACCCACAGGAACAUGAAGAACCGUGCCCUGCAGAUGCCUCUGAGCGACAAGACUCUGUCGGUCAACAUCCACCGCGGCCCUAAGGAGGGUCUGCUGUGCACCUCCACCCCUCACAGCUGCUGCCAGGUCAUCUAAGGGGCGGCUUAGGGUUCGACACACUCCUGCACUCAUCGUCUUUUCAUUCAGGCCACGUCGAGCUUUUUAUUCCAUCUCCGUCACAAAUGCCAUUUAUGCCGACUUUGUUUUGAGAUGUGGCCUGUUUAAAAAAAAAAAAAAGAGGCUUUAAGUGCACUCAUGUUACGCACACAAGGUUUGCACACAAUCAUGUAAAAUUUGUAAACACACAAACACACUGACUGCACUUGCUGUUCGAAGGAACACCCGAGCGGUUUUCAUCUCAUCACGUAUUGUUGCACUGUGCUGGUUUUUAUUGACUUAUUUUUAAAUUAUUUUUUUUUUUAAAUGUGGUGUGGGUUUUUUUUGUGUUGAUUGAAAAAGAAAAAAAAAAGACGACUGAAAGCGUGCUUUCAUGAAACUGGGGACGAAUGAAAGAGUCAAGUAAGCUGUUGGUGCGCAGUUUUUUUUUUUGUACUCCAUCGCUUUUAUUUUUCUAUCUGGAGUGUCUGCUCUGAAAUAAUCCCCCCAAAAAAAAGACAAGAGCCUGCACGACCCAAUGUGCCGUGUGCAGCGGACUUUUGAUGUACAUAUGUGAAUACAACUCUGAAGCACUUCAUCUCAGUGUUGACGUAUCGCCGUAGAAAGCACCAUUACUCCUCUUUUCCUGCUGGAUUAUUGAAACAACUUGAAAAAAAGACUCAGACUGAAAGAAAAAAACAUUACACACAUGUACAUACACGUACGUACGUACACCAACAUGGCAGCUCUUUAUCUUAACGUCGAAAAGGGAAUUAAGCGGGCGCAUCCAGAUGUUUUACCGGAAUCAUGGUAGCCGCUGUUGUAGCGUCAUUCCAAAAACAACCCAGGACAGGAGGGGAUUUUCUCCAUGACAACAGUGCCUCCCUGACCCACAUCAAGCAUCGCUGUGUUCAUUUUGGACAUGUGACUCACCCCUGGUGGAAUAUCUAUCUUGACAGUGCAUGUGUCCUUGCUGUAGCAACCUUCAGUCCACCUGUGUGUGUAUAUAAAUAUAUAUACACAGCUGUACUACCUGAGGGAUGAACAAACAGUCAUUUUAUACUGUAGCCACACAGCAACACCAGCGACUGCAAAAUGUACAACAAUAAUGGAUGUGCCAUAUGUCUUGAGCAUAUUGUACUGUAUGUAUAUGAUAGAGGUAUAUUAGAAUAAACUGAUGUGAAUGAAA